CACUGCUAACCUCAGCUCUGAAAGAAUUUAUAUGUAGACUAUAAUGGAACAAGCUACUAAGAAGUACAACAAUAAGAAAUGGGAAGGACAUAAAGGAAGCGAGAUGAAGAAGUACAAUAAGAAACAAAGCAAAUUCAUGAAACUCCAACAUCAGGUUGACGAAAGUAUUAGAGAGAAAUGGGCUGAAGAGCAAUACUUGCUAAAAGAGAGCCUUAUUGAGGAAGACAAGUUUGAUUGGUAUCUUCCUGUUCAAGAUGAUGAAUAUAACCAAGAUAAGGAGAAGGAAGGCUUAAAACCCUUAGAAAUGAUAGGAGCAGUAGACAUUAGUUAUUCCAAAACAGAUAGUCAGAAAGCAUGUGCAGCCUUAGUAGUGCUAGCAUAUCCUUCCUUUGACGUCCUUUAUGAGGAUUAUGAGAUAGACACUACUGAGUAUCCAUAUAUCCCUGGAUUUCUAGCUUUCAAAGAGAUUCCUUCCUUGACAAUAUUGUUCAACAGGCUGAAGGAGAACUCCCCUGAGUUCUGGCCUCAAGUCCUUCUUGUUGAUGGAAAUGGUAUCCUCCAUAACAGAGGAUUUGGCUGUGCCAGCCAUAUCGGAGUUGUCAUGGACAUCCCCUCUAUAGGCGUUGGUAAAACUGUCUUUGCAGUCGAUGGAAUCACCCAGCGUGGAGUCAGAGAAAUGAGUGAAGCUAAACUCCUCAAAGGGGGAGAUCUUGAGUAUCUCGUUGGUAGAUCAGGCAAAAACUGGGGAGCUGCUUUAAGAUCAACCGAUGAUAGCAAAAAUCCUAUCAUCAUAUCAGUUGGUCACAGAGUUUGAUUAGAAACAGCAAUAGCAGUUGUCCGUGCGUGUAUCACAAGAUAUCGCAUCCCUGAGCCUAUCAGGCAAGCUGACAAGAGAGGUAGAGUUUGGGUACAGAAAACUUAUGAUAGUAAAGGAAAAACUAUGCAGAAAAGUAGUCUUAGAAAAGAAAUGGAAGCCAAAAGGGUAUUUGAUACAAAACCUAGCAAACCAAAGUCUUCAAAAUCUAAGGAAGAAUCCAAAAAAAUGGACCAUGACAAAAAAGUAAUUGAAAAGACAUGGUCUCCUAAGAAGAAGUCUAAGAAGAAGAAAAAGGGACCAAUAAUUGAUGAUGAUGGAUUUACCCAAGUUUAA